UUAAUCUGUGAGGUAUUAAAAGGUCUGGGCGGAAUAAACGUUUAGCACAGAAAUGAUAUUGGAGCUCCUGGUUUCUGUACCAUUGCUGGUUUUUCUAACUUGCAAGCUGUGGACCCACAUAAAUCGGAACUACUUCAUCCUAAGUCUCUGCAAGCGACUACGCACUGAGGAUGGCAGCCCGCUGGAAAACAGAAUUUACGUAACCCCAACCAAAACCCGGUUUGGAAACAACUUUGACCUACUGAGCUUCACAUCUGAAAGUAUAUUUAACUUUAUGAGAGAUGCUUGUGCUGAAGCUAAAGGUCGAAAUUAUCUGUGGUAUUUCUUCAAAGCGCCAAUGUACAAUGUUGUCAGGGCCGAAGAAGCCGAGGAAGUAUUCCAGAGUCCCAAGUUGAUCACAAAAAACAUGAUCUACGAUCUUUUGAAACCGUUUUUGGGAGAAGGGCUGUUGACCAGCACAGAUCAGAAAUGGCACUCCCGACGAAAGGCUUUGACUCCAGCUUUCCAUUUUAAUGUUUUGCAGUCGUUUCUGACCAUAUUCAAGGAAGAGUGCAAUAAGCUGGUAAAAAUCCUUAAUCAAAGUUUGGACAACGAGUUAGACCUUAAUCAGGUCAUUCCUCAGUUUACUUUGAACAAUGUUUGCGAAACUGCACUCGGCGUGAAAUUAGAUGACUUAACGGAGGGCUUUCGAUAUCGCCAGUCGAUUCAUGCCAUAGAAGAGGUCAUGCAGCAGCGCUUAUGCAAUCCCUUUUUCUAUAACACAGUGUAUUUCUAUCUCUUCGGAGACUAUAGAAAGCAGGUGGAUAACCUAAAGAUAGCCCACGACUUCUCCAGUCGCAUCAUCGAGAAGAGGAGAAGUCUUUUCAGGAGUAAGCAACUUGGCCAAGAGGAUGAUUUUGGCAAAAAGCAGCGAUAUGCCAUGUUGGAUACCCUUUUGGCAGCCGAAGCCGAGGGUCAGAUCGAUCAUCAGGGAAUCUGCGAUGAGGUCAACACUUUUAUGUUUGAGGGAUACGAUACCACAUCAACCUGUCUUAUUUUUACCCUGCUGAUGUUGGCCCUUCAUGAGGAUGUUCAGCAGCGAUGCUAUGAAGAGGUGGAAAACCUUCCCGAGGACAGCGAUGAGAUCACUGUGUUCCAGUUCAACGAGCUCUUUUAUUUGGAGUGUGUGAUCAAGGAAUCGCUGAGGCUGUUUCCCUCGGUGCCCACCAUUGGUCGUAAAUGUGUUGAGGAGUGUGUGGUGAAUGGUCUAGUCAUGCCCAAGGAUACCCAAAUCAACAUACACAUGUUUGAUAUCAUGAGGGAUCCUCGGCACUUUCCAAAUCCGGAUACUUUUCAACCAGAUCGAUUUCUGCCGGAGAUUACCCUAAACCGUCAUCCCUUCGCCUUUGUACCCUUUAGUGAAGGUCAAAGAAAUUGCAUUGGACAAAAGUUCGCCAUCCUGGAGAUCAAAGUUCUCUUGGUGGCCAUUAUCAGGAAUUUUAGAAUAUUACCCAUAACUUUUGUGAAGGAUAUUACCUUUGAAAAUGGAAUAGUGCUGCGAACUCAAAAAAAUGUCAAGAUUAAAUUGAUGCGAAGGGAACAAGAUAAAUAACAAAAGCUUA